CUUUGGGAAAGGACACAAAUCACUCCCAUUUGAACAAGGGGAGCAACACGGGAUCAGCACCCACAAGGGUCCUCUUCUUCUUGAUUUCCAAUUUCUAUCUUGUUUCUCUCUGAGAGGGAAACAGGGGGAAGUAUACGAAGGAAAAAGGGCAUACACAAAAGAGAAAGAAAGAAGAGAAAGAAAACUUGUCAGGGGAUGAUGACAUUUGAUCUAACGCUGUCUGAAAGCUCUAUUUGAUCCUCCUCUUUCUUAAACUGACACUGGAGCUCUCUUUGUAAAUCUUCUGAAUCCAGAGGGGACAUCGGCAUAAACCCUCAAGUGAGCUUUUCCUCGUGUGUGCGCUUCGUUUGAAUUUUCGUCGGUCUAUCGGUCUUAUUGACACCUGGAUAUCCUCUGUUUGCUUGUCUGACAUUUUUAUAAUAACGACAAUACGGUAUCUCGUGUCAACGAGAACGUCGCUUUAUCUAUUGUGGUUUGCGCUCUGUAUUCUCUCCUUUUUAUCGCUGGACAGCAAACACGGGGUUUGAACACUUCUGUUAACCCGCACCGACAGGGAGUGCGAAAGAUCCAGUUUUCAUGUUUGGAAUUCAAGAGAGCAUUCAAAGGAGUGGGAAUAGCUUGAAAGAAGAGCCUCUCGGAUCCGGGAUGAACGCUGUUCGGACAUGGAUGCAAGGUGCCGGGGUGUUGGAUGCGAACACGGCCGCUCAGAGUGGAGUGGGUCUUGCCCGAGCACACUUUGAGAAACAACCGCCCUCAAACCUUCGGAAAUCCAACUUCUUCCACUUCGUUUUGGCUCUGUACGACAGGCAAGGACAGCCUGUGGAAAUCGAAAGGACAUCUUUUGUUGGAUUUGUUGAAAAAGACAAGGAAUGCUCCGGAGAAAAGACAAACAACGGGAUUCAUUACAGACUCCAACUUCUUUACAGCAAUGGCAUCAGAACAGAACAGGAUUUUUAUGUGCGGCUUAUUGACUCCAUGACCAAGCAGGCAAUCAUCUAUGAAGGUCAGGACAAGAACCCCGAGAUGUGUCGAGUGCUGCUCACACACGAGAUCAUGUGCAGCCGCUGCUGUGACAAAAAGAGCUGUGGGAACCGCAACGAGACCCCCUCCGACCCGGUCAUCAUCGACAGAUUCUUUCUGAAAUUCUUCCUGAAGUGUAACCAGAAUUGUCUGAAGAAUGCUGGCAACCCACGGGACAUGCGCCGUUUCCAAGUCGUGGUUUCCACGACGGUCAGUGUGGACGGCCAUGUGCUGGCCGUGUCCGACAACAUGUUUGUGCACAACAACUCCAAGCACGGCCGCAGGGCUCGCCGCCUGGACCCGUCGGAAGGCACGCAGUCCUACCUGGAGCAUGCUGCACCCUGCAUCAAAGCCAUCAGCCCUAGCGAAGGCUGGACCACGGGCGGCGCCACGGUCAUCAUCAUCGGGGACAACUUCUUCGAUGGCCUGCAGGUCAUCUUUGGUACCAUGCUGGUGUGGAGCGAGCUCAUCACGCCUCAUGCUAUCCGGGUGCAGACCCCACCACGCCACAUCCCUGGGGUUGUGGAGGUCACCCUCUCCUACAAGUCCAAGCAGUUCUGCAAAGGAACCCCAGGCCGUUUCAUCUACACAGCCCUGAAUGAGCCCACCAUUGACUACGGUUUCCAGAGACUCCAGAAGGUCAUCCCCAGACACCCCGGAGACCCAGAGCGCCUCCCUAAGGAGGUCAUUCUCAAGCGGGCAGCGGAUCUGGUUGAAGCGCUGUAUGGAAUGCCCCAUAACAACCAGGAGAUCAUCCUGAAGCGGGCUGCUGAUAUUGCCGAGGCGUUGUAUAACGUGCCCCGGAACCACAACCAGCUGCCGGGCCUCACCAACAGCUCGGUGCACGCGGGCAUGAUGGGCGUCAACUCCUUCCCCGGCCAGCUCGCCGUCAACGUGUCCGACUCGACACAAGGUGGAAACCAGGGCUUUAGUCGGAACACCAGCAGCGUCUCGCCGCAUGGCUAUGUGCCCAGCUCCACGCCGCAGCAGACCAGCUACAGCUCCGUCUCCACCAGCAUGAACGGCUACGGCAACAGCGGCAUGUCCAACCUGGGCAGCUCGCCCAGUUUCCUCAACGGCUCCGCCGCCAACUCCCCCUAUGCCAUCGUCCCGUCCAGCCCCACCAUGGCCUCGUCCACUAGCUUGGCCUCCAACUGCAGCAGCUCGUCCGGCAUCUUCUCCUUCUCCCCCGCCAACAUGGUGUCGGCCGUCAAGCAGAAGAGCGCCUUCGCCCCCGUGGUGCGGCCCCAGACCUCGCCUCCGCCCACCUGCACCAGCACCAAUGGCAACGGUCUCCAAGAUCAGUCUUUUGUGGACUCUAGCAAGUACACCCCGUCCAGCGCUCUGCAGGGCCUGGCCUUCUCCUGAAUGAUUCCUGGAAUGAUCGUCCCUCCCAUGUAGUGGGUGUGUGUUUGAGCGUGUGAGAGCAAGUGGAUAUGUCGUCAUGGCGUUGACUCCCCCCCUCCCCAACCCGAUCCCCCCCCCCCUCCUCCCUCCUCGUGUGUGUACAGAAGACUCCGGUAUCGGACAGCACCUGCAGUCCCACUCUGAAGGAACACAAACUCCUAUCUCAGGCCCUUUUUAAAAAGGAUUCACGUUUGAACAAAAAAAAAAAACAUGUUGGAAAAAGAGAAAAAAUUAAGAGCAGAGAGAAGAAGAAGAGAAAGAAGAAGAAGAAGAGGAAUCAUUGCGUCGUCCUCUUUUGAUGUGAAAUAUUUGUAAACACCUUGUACACAUUUUUAAGGGGAAGACGAGGCCACAGUUGAUAUUUAAAAGCCCAGUGCCCACAUGAACAAAACAAAAAACGAACAAAAAAGAACAAAAAAAAAAAAAACAAGAGCUUUGUUUAUUUUGAGGGAUGUGCUUAUAAUUUGCUAUCAUCGUGUGUUUUUGUUUAGUUAUGGUUUUGUGCAAAAAUAUGUAAUGCCCAUAUAUGAAAUGUGAUAUACACAAUGGACGCUAUGUUACAAUAGUUUCUAUUUAUGACUUUUUACAAUUAGUGAAGGAAAACAUUUGUGAAGGAAAAAAAUUGCUGGCUCUGUACGUUUGUAGCAGUAAAGGCCCUAAACGAAUGUUUACAGAAACAAAAAUAAGCUUCACUCCAUUGAUACAAUCACCACAUAGCUCGAUCAACCGGGGGUCUGCCAGUUUGACAUUGGAGGACUCGUAGAUAACCACACUGAGUUGAACUAUGCUGUUAAUGGACACAGACUUGCUAACUAUGCAUCACGAAGGUUCCAGACAACUCCAUUUGCCGGAGUACCAGCUGCACCACAGAUUUUUUUUUCUGCAUGUGGUGCAGUUAUUAAAAAAUAGCUUACAAUUUUUUACAAGAGAGACAUAUGCAUUCUAAUUGUGAUAAUCCUGAUAUACAGACAUGAUUCACACAACAUUAGAGCCGAACAAAGCCGAACAAAUUUUUGGAUUGCGUUUUCAGGCAUCCAAAGGCAUGGUAUUCAGUUUGCCAACUGCAUCAAACAAUGUCGUCAGGUUAACACUCUAACCUGUUAGCUGCCAAAACCCUGAAUUGUGCUAAUUAAAGGGAAGCAUUUGUAGGGAAACAAAAGCAGCAGACACUGACCAUGAUCAUGAUCAAUUCUUUUAAUAUUGUAGCCAAACAUGCCCUGCUUCCCCCCUCCUAAAUGACGGCUUUCUGCAUAACAGCGCACAGCCCAUUCAAGUCUGCUCUACACAGCAAUGCCUCAUCUAGCCAAUGGUCUCUCCCAGUGAUAAAGUUCAUUAUGUCAUUUUUUAUACCUUUUUGCCAUGUCCAUUGCAUCCAUUCUUAGUUAGUUUGCCAAGGGAAUGUAGUGUAGUCACUGAGAGCUGGAAGAGCCUCUUGCUCUACUGAGAGAGAGAGUCCCUCAGCCAGACACAGCCACAGAGUCAGCCACAGCCAAGGGAAGCGAGUUCUAUGUCCCAAAUCGUCUGAAGCCUUUCUCAUUCAUCUAUUGCUGCCAUCUGUCAUGCAACGUCAAUGAAGGAGGCAACAUUUUUAAAAGGGUCUGUUGCCAUGUUUUUUAUUUUAAUUUUAUUGUAUUUAGUUUUUUUUAGUAAAUUAUGUAUGAAUGCAACAUAUGUUAGGAUUUCUUAGUUUGAGUCAACAACUGUCACUCAUCUCCUCACUGUAAUGAUAACAUUGGGGAAUUGGAAAGGGAAGUUCUGACAUUGGAGAAUGGGUCAGUGUUGAUUCCCAAUUGGCUAUAAAGGGAAUAAUGAUAUACAAAUUAGCAAGCACUGUAAAGGUUUUCCAAUCCCUCCACAAAAAAUCAGUUGGACCUUUAUUUUAUUUUUUAUUUUUUGUUGUGUGUUCUGCGUGUUUUGUAUAUAGUAAUAACUAUGUUAGUCUUUGUGGUUUUCUUUUUUUUCAUUUGUUUUGUUUGCCAACGUUUUUUUUUGUUUGAAAAAAAUAUAUUUAUACAUCAAAAGAAGUCUUAAGGCAGCUUCACAGUAUAGUGUCACUGAUUCUAUGUUUACUGCAUAAUCAAAGAUCUCAUCAAUUUUAGCUUGGAGAGUUUGGAUAUUACAAAAGGGAUAUGUAUAAAAUAUCCGUAUAAAUAUUGUGUGUAUGUAUUGCUUGAAUUUGUACAUUGCUUCUAUCCCUGUCAUUCAUGUGUUUGAUAUUGUGAAAAAAGUGCCGAUUUGUUUCCAUUUUUUGUCUUCCAUUUUUGUCCAUUAAUGUGAUUUAUAGAUUUGUUUUUUCAUUUUUAUGUUGUCUUGUGCAUAAAACCAUUCUCCCAUUUAUAUUUCAUCGAACAAAAAGCCAUUGUCUAUUUUUGUAUCAUUUGUAAGUUAAUGAAAAUGUUCAUUUCCCUUUUGUUUUUCAUAUGGCAGAAGUAGUGCAUUAUUCUCAUAGUAUUAGUUAUAUGGAUUUUGAGAAUAUAUAAGUAUGUAUAUCAUAUGAAUAUCUUUUGUUUGUUUGUUUUGCUUUUGAUUUUAGGGGGUGGGAAACUAAUACUGUUUAAAACGUACAAUAUGCAUGGAUCUUAUCCUCCUGAAGUUGCAUUUGUGUGGUUAAAGCAGGAAGACCAUUUCGGCAGUUAAAGAUAAUAAUAAUAUUAAUAAUGAUAAUAAUAUUAAUAAUAAUAUGAAUAGUAGUAGUAUGACAUUUUUCUGUUUUUAUUUCGUCAUCUCUUUUUCUUGUUUCCAUCCUUGCGUUAUUUAAAUCAGCAUCUUACUUUUCCCCAUGCCAUCUCCACUGCCCCUGGACGCCGCUGACUCAGGCUUGGGUCUGAGCCGGCCACUGCCUGGGCCAGUCGUGUCAAUCUGAACCAGCAGUUAAGAUGCCUUAACAAUGCAAAAGUGCGCCAUCAUCCACUGUGUGUGCCAUCGUGUUCUCUCUCUCACCCACUCCCUGUCACACGCCACCAAGAAACAAACAAAUGAAGGCAUUGGCACCCAACUUUUCCUUUUUUUUUUCUUGCCCCAGCCCCGUUGCCCUUCGCUAGCUUGUGCCAGGAUACAAAACCAGCAGGUCUCUCUGUUACCACAAGCCAGUGGUUUCAUGCGGAAUUUCACUAGGCUUGACUGUAGGCCUGUGAGGUCUGGGAGCGCGCCCAUACUCCUCAGCCAAUGGGACGCCGGCAUCGGAUUUCCCCUCUCAGUAAAUUAGUGGCAGUUCAGUUCGGGAAAACAAGAGAAAGUGUUUAGAUGCACCAGCAUUGAACACAUGGGAUUUCUUAUUCAUGUUUCAUUAUGCUCUUGAAACCCCGUGUUAUUUACAUAACUGGAGCACAACAGUGAGUGAAUUCAAAUCUAAACAAAAAAAAAUUAAAAACAACACAACCUAACUUUUUUUACAUACAAUUUCUCCUGUACUGUGGAGGUUGUUUGAACACACACCUAUGUAUGUGUAUGUGUGUGUGUGUGCGCGUGUGUGUGUGUUUCUAUGUCCGAGCUGCCACUGAGAAUAGAUUUCCUAUGUGUAUAUUUUAAGGGGGUGUAGACAGCCACCAUUGCCAUUCAUACUGUGUGUGGAUGUGUGCGCAUGUGUGUGUGUGUGCUGGUGCAGAUCUCACCUUUUCGCUGAGGUAGACUUAAGGUUUCUUUUGAAGGCGAUGCCAUAUUUCUCCCCUCAUGUCAUUUAUUUUGAGAGACAACAGUGUGGUCAUCAUUUCAUAAAUAUCUAAGUGAUCAAUAGUGAAACAACAGCACAACACACACCUAACUUCUUAGCCAAUUGUACAUUAUUGCGACUGAUUUUGUGCUUUUGCCCUGUACUUUUGAGCCUUCAGUCCCCACUUGAAAAUUGAGCCAUCUGAGGAUCCUUACUCUGUUGGCCACCUGGCCAAUCUCUUUGUGUGUGUGUGUACUGCGUGAGCGAGAGAGUGAGUGUACUGAUUGUCCUCUGAGAAGAAGUUGUGGCUUAUUUAUUAAAUUUCUAAAGGUUAUUUCAGCCAUACAUUUUUGGAGGAGCAAAAAAAAAAGUCAGAAAUAGGAUUUUGAUGAUCAGCGUUUGUACAAUGCACACAAUGUUACUAAACGUAUCAGCAUUUUUGAUUUGAUGCAGUCUCUUUUUUUUGUUGUGUGAAAGGGAAGUUUUCUUUUCCAGGGGACUGUGCAACUUCUAACUCUUCACGACAGAUUGGUGGACACUGUCCAACAGUUACACGUUCAAAACAAACAAACAGGAAGUAACCUUUGACCUUCAUCAUCCUCGCUCCUAAACCCUGUCUUUGACUGGACACUCAGAGCAGUUCUAUAUUGAUAGGAAAUAGAGAAAAAUGAAACUACUGUAAAGAUUAUGUUUUUUUGAUUAACUUUGAAGUGUAAAAAAAAGACUUUUCAACUUUCACAAUAUUUAAUUAAAGUUCCCUCUUGUCUGUGAA